AUGAAGACCAUUCUGUCCUCCGAGACCAUGGACAUCCCAGAUGGGGUCAAAAUCAAGGUCCAUGCCAAGAUCAUAGAGGUCGAAGGUCCUCGUGGCAAGCUUGUUCGUAACUUCAAGCAUUUGAACUUGGACUUUCAGCUCAUCAAGGAUGAGGAAACCGGCAAGCGAAAGCUCAAGAUCGAUGCCUGGUUUGGCUCACGCAAAACCAGCGCAGCCAUUCGCACUGCCCUCUCCCAUGUUGAGAAUCUCAUCACUGGUGUCACCAAGGGCUACCGCUACAAGAUGCGUUUUGUAUAUGCCCAUUUUCCCAUCAAUGCUUCCAUCACUAACGCAGCCAAGUCGAUCGAGAUCCGUAACUUUUUGGGUGAAAAGAAGGUGAGAAAGGUGGAUAUGCUUGAUGGGGUUUCUAUCCUCCGAUCUGAAAAGGUGAAGGAUGAGCUGAUAUUGGACGGAAAUGAUAUUGAGCUUGUUUCUCGGUCAUGUGCUCUGAUCAACCAGAAAUGCCAUGUGAAGAACAAGGAUAUCAGGAAGUUUCUUGAUGGUAUCUAUGUUAGCGAGAAGGGAACCAUCCUUGAAGAAGAAUGA